AUGUUUUUUUCUUCUUCUGAUAACCAACCGAAUACUGCAUGGACAAAAAAUGGUUUCAACGCAUGGUCUAGAGGAUUAAAUGGCAUUGAACGUCAUGAGUGUACUGAAAGUCACAUAGCAAGUUCAAUGAAACGUUUAUUAAGACAGUCGAUUUUACCAAUAAUUCCUUCAUUGCAAUGUUGUAAAAAAGAACAAGUGUUUAAAAACCGUGAAAUUGUGAAACAAUUAAUUGAUAUUACGUUAUACCUCGGUAGACAUGGAUUGGCGUUUCGUGGACAUCGUGAAGGGUGGUGUGAACAAAAUAAAGGAAAUUUUAAAGAUCUUAUUAUACUUAUUUCUAAAUAUUCACCUAUUAUGGCUCAGUAUGUUACUGAAAUUAAAACACAAACACACAAAAGUGAAUGUUCAUUUAUCUCUUGGAGAAAACAAAAUUUAUUAAUUGAUACAAUUUCUGAAUGUAUAGCAACAUUCAUAGAUGAAGAAAUAGUUGGUGCUAGGUUUUUCAGCAUAUCAAUCGAUAGUACUUUUGACAUAUCGAGAAAAGAACAAGUKUCCUUUGUCAUUAGAUAUGUUCAAAACGAUACUGUCAAAGAACGGUUUAUUGCUUUAAAAGAAUCUUCAAACACACGAGGGGUAGAUUUAGCUGAACUUUUUUAUAGUGUUUGUACUGAUCACAAUCUGGAUUGGAAAAAUUAUUUAAUCGGGCAAGCUUAUGAUGGAGCAGCAAGUAUGCGUGGGCAGUAUACUGGCUUACAAUCAAUUAUUAACGGACAAAAUACAUGUGCAGUGUAUAUAUGGUGCUGGGCCCAUAGAUUAAAUCUAGUAGUAAUUGAUGCUGUUUCAUCGGCAAAAAAAGAAUUUCUUUAUAUGAAAAAAAUUAAUCCAAAAUUACCUAUUAGAAGAUUUAAAAGAGUUACUACUACACGUUGGAUGUCACAUUACUAUGCAUUAUGUACUGUACUCAAAACAUUUAAUGCUUUGAUUGAAACCCUUCAAGUUAUUAGAGAUACAGAAGGGCCAGGGGACAGACGAUAUGGCAUCACUGCUGGUGGUUUACUUAAAUACUUUACAUCUGAAAUAUUUUUGUUAACAGCUUAUAGCUUUGAAAGUAUAUUUAAAAUUUUAGAUAAAACAUCUCAACAYUUGCAAAGUCCAGAUUUUGAUAUUUACUGUGCUACCAUGCUUAUAGAAGACAAUUUGGAAUCCUUAAAAAAACUUCGAACAAAUGAAUUAUUUAAUGAAAUCACUGAUCAAACAAAAAAGUUCAUUAUAGACAGUGAUUAUGAGUUUGAACCUUUACCUCUACAAAGAUCUCGUAAGCGAAAGCAAAUGGCUGAUGAAAAGGCUAGCGAUGAAGUGAUAAUUCAACCUAUACAAAAUUUUAAAGUUAACACAUACUUUUCAGCUCUGGACUGUAUAAUAACUCAGUCAGAAAAGUUCAUUGGUAACAAAAAUACUUCAUCAAACAACUCAAAAAGUCCUGAUAAAACUACUCUUGGUUUAUUAAAAGAUAUUAGUCUUCUGUCUAAGAAAAGGUUGAAUGAAGUAAAACAAAAUCCUAAAAAAUUUCCAGUAGAUGCUUUUAAUGUUUUUGGAAAAAUGUAUUCAAAAUUUGUUCAACCAGAUAAUGCUAGACAUGAGUAUAAAAAAUUUUGUAACUAUUUUGAACUAUUGGAAAAACGUGAAAGUUUGCCAAAUAUGCUUCAUGAUGACAGAGAUAAAGCA